GACGUACAAUUUUAUCAGUUAAACGGAGAAAAUGCAUCUCAAGCUGAAGCUCUCUUCUUCCUCUUCUCCGUCCAACUUCUCUCUUUACUCUCCUGCUCAAAACCCUAGCUCCUCCAAAUUUUCCUUUAAAGUACCAAUUGUACCCCUCCACUCCUCACUCUCACCUCUCACCCUUCCUCCAUGCGCCUCCAAGGACUCCUCCUCCCCACUCCUCGAGCAAAAGCCUCAUUCCUCCGGCUUCGGAUCAGAGCCGCAGUCGCCGCCGGAAGUUCUUACGGUCCGCCGUCCGAUGAAGGAAUAUUCCGGAGACGAUGAUGAGUCCAGCGACGGAGAUGAUGUGGAUGAGGACACGUUCUCUUCCUCGCCGAUCGAUGCCGGACUUGCUGAAUUUGCGAAGAAGUUGCCAAUGUUUGAGCCGCAGAGAGCGGAGUUGAGCUCUGAGGAGAGGCCGCUUUUGGUGAAUUUGGACUUAGCGUUGUAUAGAGCCAAGGUUUUGGCGAGGAAUUAUCAGUUUGAAGAAGCGGAGAAGAUUCUGCAGAAGUGUAUAUACUAUUGGCCAGAAGAUGGACGGCCGUAUGUGGCUUUAGGGAAGAUCCUGAGCAAACAGUCGAAAACUUCGGAAGCUAGAGCUGUGUAUGAGAAAGGCUGUCAGGCUACUCAAGGUGAAAAUCCUUACAUCUGGCAGUGCUGGGCUGUGCUGGAAAAUAAGAUGGGGAACAUUAGGAGAGCAAGAGAUUUGUUUGAUGCUGCCACAGUUGCUGAUAAGAGGCAUGUUGCUGCCUGGCAUGGGUGGGCAGUUUUAGAGUUAAAACAGGGGAAUAUAAAGAAGGCAAGGCAUCUUCUUGCUAAAGGUCUUAAAUAUGGUGGUGGAAAUGAGUACAUAUACCAAACACUUGCAUUGCUUGAAGCUAAAGCAAAUCGGCAUGAGCAGGCUCGGUAUUUGUUCAAGCAGGCCACCAAGUGCAAUUCCAAGAGCUGUGCCAGUUGGCUUGCAUGGGCACAAUUGGAGAUGCAACAGGAAAACAACCAUACUGCAAGGCAACUAUUUGAGAAAGCAGUCCAGGCAAGCCCCAAGAAUAGGUUUGCAUGGCAUGUAUGGGGAGUUUUUGAAGCUAAUCUGGGCAAUGCUGACGUGGGAAGGAAACUUUUAAAGAUAGGCCAUGCAGUAAAUCGAAGGGAUCCUGUUCUCCUUCAGUCCCUUGCUUUACUGGAAUACAAAUAUUCAACUGCAAAUCUUUCUCGAGUGCUGUUCAGGAGAGCAUCCGAAUUGGAUCCAAGGCAUCAGCCAGUAUGGAUUGCUUGGGGAUGGAUGGAGUGGAAAGAAGGAAACAUAGCCACAGCAAGGGAAAUGUAUCAAAGAGCACUGUCCAUUGACUCAACUACUGAAAGUGCUGCUCGUUGUCUUCAGGCUUGGGGUGUUUUAGAAGAGAGAGCUGGUAAUCUUUCAGCAGCUCGGAGAUUAUUCAGAUCCUCCCUAAAUAUAAAUUCCCAGAGUUACAUAACAUGGAUGACAUGGGCCUCAUUUGAAGAAAACCAAGGAAAUGCUGUUCGUGCUGAGGAAAUUCGUGACCUCUAUUUCCAGCAGCGCACAGAAGUCGUGGAUGAUGCUUCAUGGGUUAUGGGGUUCUUGGACAUCAUUGAUCCAGCUCUAGACAGCAUAAAGAGACUAUUGAACCUGGACCAAAACUCAUACUACAGAAUCCCUGAUUCCUCACGAAACAUACCAGGAGCUAACGAAGACUCAUCUGGCCCUGGCCCUGGCCCUUCCUCUGGAAAUCCAGAUAGCAACGACACAGCAAGUGAAAAUGGCUUCAACCUGGACGCCUUCAUCAGGGAGAAAUUAUCCCUUGAUCCAUCAAAUCUUGAUGUUCAAAUGCAAACACAUGAGACUACUGUUCCAAGACGAGUUAAACUUCCAAGAAGGAUAAAGAGAUUAGAGAACACUCAGAGCCGAACCACGACAGCAGUGACACAAUCCAGAGUUUAAUCAGUUCCGUAUGGGGUUAUUGAAACUUGUGUCUGGCUCAAACUCAAGCCACAUCCUCACAUUCUAGCCAAACUACAAAGGCUGAAACAGCAUUACUUUUUCUGUAUAGUACCUGUGUACUAAAGUUAAAAGCAGAAUCUGUAUACAGUGAUUACAAAUCUACUUCUGUUAUACUACCUUUAAAGUUAAAAGCAGAAUCUGUAUACUACGAUUCCAGUGCACAAUCGGAUCUUUGUAAACUGUCCCUUUUCAGAAGAGAAUCAGAACAACACUUCUUUAGAGAAGACAUAAUAUUUUAAUACUUCCGUA